GUCGUUGGCAAAUGGCAAGGCAAUGUCAUGUCAUCUAAUAAAAAUGGCGUUUGUGUUGUGUUGAGAAAUUACAAUAAACAUACAUUGUGUGAUUUAAACAUUUCAAUUGUUCUUUGGUGUAAAUAAAUGUAAUUUUUUUCUUAGAAUAGGUUAAGAAAUCGUGGACUAAUGAGUUUAUUGACCGAUGUCUGCCGUGGCUCCCACUAUUCCCGGGGCUGACCCAACAAAGGACAUACAAAAGCGUCGAGCUGGUAGUAUUGGAUCAGAUGAAGACGACGCAAGUGGUGGGAAAUAUACAAGGAUGGAGGAGGACAAUAUUCAAGACAAGGAGAGGUUUGCCAGUCGUGAAAACCACUGCGAGAUCGAACGUCGUCGCAGGAACAAGAUGACGGCGUAUAUUACGGAACUAUCUGACAUGGUUCCAACAUGCUCCGCUCUCGCGAGGAAACCAGACAAACUAACCAUACUGCGUAUGGCAGUAGCGCAUAUGAAAGCUUUAAGAGGUACCGGCAACACGUCUACAGACGGCACAUACAAACCAUCGUUUCUAACGGAUCAGGAGUUGAAACACCUCAUACUGGAAGCGGCCGAUGGAUUUUUAUUCGUCGUCAGUUGUGACACUGGCCGCAUUAUAUACGUUAGUGAUAGUAUAGCGCCAGUGCUAAAUUAUUCUCAGGGUGAAUGGUACUCAUCAUGUUUCUACGACCAAGUACAUCCCGACGAUUUGGAAAAAGUUCGGGAACAGCUAAGCACACAGGAGCCUCAGAACACGGGACGCAUUCUGGAUCUCAAAACGGGAACCGUUAAGAAGGAGGGACACCAAUCUUCAAUGCGUCAAGUGAUGGGUUCUCGUCGCGGGUUCAUAUGCCGCAUGCGUGUUGGCGGGACGGCGGAGAGCGCUCACCUGGGCAGGCUGCGCGCGCGCAACUCGCUCGGCCCCUCACACGACGGACACAACUACGCGGUCGUACACUGCACCGGUUACAUCAAGAACUGGCCGCCGACAGAUCUGUUUCCAGGCAUGCAGAUGGACCGACCGGUCGAGGACGAGUUGCACGCGUCUCAUUGUUGCCUCGUCGCUAUUGGUAGAUUACAGGUGACGUCAACUCCGAGUAGCGCUGAGGGCAGCGCGUGCGGUGGCGUGGAGUUCGUGUCGCGUCACUCUGUGGAGGGCCGCUUCACGUUCGCUGACCAGCGUGCGGCUCAAGUACUAGGGUAUGCGCCCGCGGACCUCCUCGGGAAACUCUGCUACGACUUUUACCAUCCAGAAGACCAGCAGCACAUGAGAGAUAACUUUGAUCAAGUCCUUAAGUUGAAAGGGCAGAUAAUUUCGCUCAUGUAUCGGUUUCGCACAAAGAACAGAGAGUGGAUCUGGUUGAGGACAUCCGCCUUUGCAUUCCUCAAUCCUUACAACGAUGACGUGGAAUAUAUUGUGUGCACAAAUACAUUGGCCAACCGUUCAUUGGGCAGCACGGGAGGCGAGCCGGUUGCAGAUGAAAACUACGAUUACCACCUCCGACAGCGUGAUGUGUACCAAGCACCUCCUCCGCCUAUACAUCAGCAACACCAUGCUCCACCAGGUGGUGGAGUGGGUGCUCGCUCGCCGGGUGAGGCGGGUGGUGCGGGCGCUGCGGCUGCCUACGCUCCACAUGCGCCUCACUAUGCGCCUGACUACUCACCUCACCGACCCGCCAACACACCGCCACAUACUACUUGGACAACGCUGCGACCGAGCGGGGCCAGUGGAGCCGGGAGUGGUGGUGAAAGUUACGCGUACAGCGGCGACGCGGCUGGUGCGGGUGCGGGUAACGGCAGCCCGGCCCGCUCGCCGCCCGCGCCCGCCUACCUACCACCAGCACACUACCACCACAACCACCACCCCCCACACCCUACACAUCCAACGCACCCUACACAUCCCACGCAUCCACCGCAUGCUGGUAUAUGGGCAUGGCAGGGCGGUGCUGGGGGUGCAGGGGGCCCAGCUGCUGGCGCUCCUGAGGGUGGACACGCGCCCCACGAGCUCUCCGAGAUGCUGCAAAUACUGGACCAAGGCGGUGCCGCUACCUUCGAAGACCUCAACAUAAACAUGUUUAAUUCCAACUUUGAAUAGUGAUAGCAUUGUACAGUCUCUUUUAGCUGAAAUAUUCGAGCUGAAAGUUCCCUUUCUGGGAUUAGUUUUGAUGCUAAAGGGGGACGUUGAAGCCUUUGUAUAAUUAUGUUAAUGUAUACUCUGAAAAAAUUUUUCGUGACAAUGCGAAUCUGCUUGAUUCAUUUUAACAUUACUUAAGUAUAACAAUUUGAAUUGAGUUUGAGGGCACGAUGUUUGUUAUAAGAAACAAAAAGCAAUGUGUAAACUUAUGUUUUAUAAGUAAAUAUUUACUUGCUAGAUUUAAACAGUUUUUUUAAUUGAAAUCCACGUGUUGUUUUGCAAAUAAAAGCAAUAUUUUGUUGCACAACAAAUUUUUAUACACCUUUGUUAGGUAAUCAUGGCGCUGGUAACGCAUCAGUCAAUAUGUUUAUAAUCGGUCGUCAAAAUAUAUAUCGAAACAGCUUCUUAAAUGCCUGUAUAUAAUAACGCAAUAUUAUUUUGUUAUGGUUGGAAAAAAUAUGAAAUGUAACAAAAAUAAUAAUUGUACAGUACAUCAUACAUGAAGUAAAUGUAAUUCAACUCUCAUGUAACAUUGUUCAUUUAAAGCAGUACCUGUAAUUGUUGCCUGUGAUGUUCAACCACGAAACGUAGAACAGUUUGGCAGCUCAUUUUCACGCCGAACUAAACAAAAAAUAUUAAACUUUUUACAAAAGUUAUGAACACAAAAGUGUUGUCACAAAUUUUAAUGCAUAUCUUACAGCACCGUUUGUAAUCAACAUUGAAAUCAUUAACAUAGGAAAAGUUGCAAAGCUUGAAAUAAAUAUAAGAUUGUUGGAAAUAAAUGUUUUGAAGGAGUAAAUAAGUUGAUAAAGAAUUUGGUACUUUAUUUGUAAUAAUUAGUUGUUUUGUUAGUAUUACAAAAUAAAAUUGUGCUACUAUGAUUAUUUUUAGUGAAUUAAUCAUGUUUUAUUACAAUAUAAAAUUAUAUUAUCAAAAAUUAUUAGUUAUCGGAAUUUUAAGCACUUUCUAAUACAAAAAUAUUUUUGUAUAGAUUUUAAGUUUUAAGGUUUAGUACAUUUUUUUUUAAUUCCUACGAAACCUAAUGAUUGUAGCGAAAUAUUGUGUCUUAAAUAGGAAAUUAUGGAUUGUUGAAGACACAGAUUAUUAAGACUAUAUCAAAAAUGUGCUGCAUUGCUACUUAAUGUUUAUGUUGCAAUUUUUUUAAAACAUUUGUAUAUUUAUUUUAUUUUUUUUCCUCUUGUUAUUUUAUCUUAUCAAUGAGAUUAUAUUAUUGGUAAUAAAAUUUUGAUUUAAUUUUCUACAGUAUUAUAUUUUAUGAGUCUCUUUUGAAUACGUAUUUCACAUUACAUAUUAAUCAACAUUCCCCAAAAGUAUAUUUUGGUUUAAUAAUGUAUUAGAAAGUGAAAUUUAAUAAAUAUAUUUAUUUUAAUACUUUUGUAUUAGUUUAUAAUUUUAUUUUUUAUACAGAAAAAUAUAUAGGUAUUGCAUUUAAGAUUUAUCUUUUAAAAUGAAUAUAAUUUGAAUGAAAUCAAGAUUAGGUAAAACAAAAUUUUGUAAAAGAUUUUUUCAUUAAAUUUAAGCAACCUAAA